UAACUCUCACUUCCUUCCCAAGUUUGUGAAUUAUGAGAUGGAAUCUCAGUGUUUUAUUAUUAUUAUUUAAUUACCGAAAAUCGGAUUCUUGGGUAAUACAAAGACAUGACAAUUAGUAAUUAAGUAUUUGACUGCCGCAGAACCAGGGUCAUAUAAGUUAACCCAAGAGAACAAAAGAAAAGAAGUGUUUCAGAAAGAAACAGAGUGUUGUUUUGGGAAUGGAUCCUAUGAUCCGGAAACUUAGAUUUCGUCUUCUUGCAUGGCUUCACCGAUCUCGCUCCGGACCAAUCUUGUUUGUGAAGAAGUUCUCAUACAAAGAUGUAAAGAGGGCAACCGAUGGCUUCCACAGGAUAGUAUACAGCAAUUCCCAUGGGGCUGCUUAUAAGGCCAACUUUGAAGGAGGUGAAGUUGCUUUGGUAAAAGAAGCAAGAGCUUUUGAUGAAGGGAAAGAGAGUUUCUAUCGAGAAGUGCAAUUCUUGGGGCGAUUGCAUCACCGCCAUCUUCUUUCGCUUAGGGGGUUUUCCACAGGGCAGAAGAGGUUAUUAGUGUUUGACAAUAUUGAAAAUGGAAGCUUGAAGGAGCAUUUUAAUGAUCCUCUCAGGACUCCUUUGAAUUGGAAAGCAAGGCUACAAAUAGCUGUAGGUGUGGCAGCAGCAUUGGAAUACUUGCUUCUUUUCAGUAACCCACCUGUUUAUCAUGUCUCCAUCAGCUCAAGCAAUAUCAUGUUAGAUGAAAACUUUACAGCAAAGCUAUCAGACGUCGGCCUUCUCAGUUCAAUUGGAACUUAUGUUCAAAUGCCUCAUUCCUCGUGUUCGGAAGAAUGCAUGGAUCAGGAAUGUGGCAACAUAGUUUAUCAGCUUGGGGUUCUGAUAUUGGAGCUAAUAACAGGGCAGUCAUCGGAGAAAGGGGGCACUGAUUUAAUCCAAUGGGUCCAAGGAUCUCGGCUAAGCAGUUCCAUCCAUAUGAUGAUAGAUCCAGAUCUAGGGAACAAUUAUGAUGCUGGGGAGCUUAAGAAGCUUUUAGUUGUAGCAAGAUUAUGUAUAAAAUCCAAGAGUAACCCUAAGUUUCCGGUCUCACAGGUAUUUCGUUUUCUGCAGAAAAAGGUACACAUUCCCCGAGAUUAAGUGUUGGUAAGCAGAGUUUAGUUUAGUUUUGUACACAAAAUUUCAUUUAUUUUAUUUAUAGGAAGGAAGUUGGAGUUCAUUCAUUUAUGGAGAUUUUGCAAGACUAGAACAAAUCCAAUAAAUAAAGAAUUGUUUCAUUCUGUUUUCAA